AUGGAGGGUGAGCAACGGUCGAAGAGAAUUUCGUCGUCGUCGUCGUCGCCGUCGUUGUGCGGGUCAGAUGAGGAAGAGCUGCAGCAAAUGCUACUGACGCCGCCACCAUGGAAGAGCAGCAAGCGCUUGUCGAAGCAGCUUUCCAUGUGCGAGACCUCGCGGGACAUUGCGUGGGAGAGGCGGCGCCGUCAGAUUCUUCGACAGGAGCGCAAGAAGAACGGCAUUAACAACGAUUCCGACGACCUCACUGACGAGGACUUGCAUGAGCUCAAAGGGUGCAUAGAGCUUGGGUUCGGGUUCAACGAGGAAGAUGGUCAGAGACUAUGCGGCACUUUGCCGGCUCUCGACCUUUACUUUGCGGUCAAUCGACAACUGUCAACGAGUCCUGUCUCGACGCCGCAGAGCCGUAACUCAACAUCGUCUCUUGAGGGACGGUCUUCAUCUUUCGAGAGCCCAAGGAGUGAUUCCGAUUCAUGGAAGAUCUGCGGUCCCGGGGAUGAUCCUCAGCAAGUAAAAACCAAGUUGAGGCAUUGGGCGCAAGCCGUUGCUUGUUCUGUGAUGCAGUCCUUCUGAAGUGUUGGAUGGCUUGUACAGACACAGAAUUCUAGA